UCCGGCCACGCCCUGCCUGGACCGCCUCCUCCUCUUCCUCCUCCGCAUCCUCGCCCAGCCCGCCUUCCUCCUCUCGCCGUCAGCUGAGACGCCAGCCAGCGCGCAGCGUGUGAGGAUUUGAGACCACCAGCAGCAGCAGCAGCAGCAGGGGGAAAAAAAGAAAGAGGGGACCCCCCGUCCCCCCCCAAAAGAGGAGCAUCAUGCCACCCGCUGGGCUUAAAGCUGUGGUGGGAGAAAAAAUUAUGGCUGAUGUGAUAAAGAAGGUGAAGAAGAAGGGUGAAUGGAAGGUGCUGGUGGUGGAUCAGCUGAGCAUGCGCAUGCUGUCGUCUUGUUGCAAAAUGACUGAUAUUAUGACCGAGGGGAUAACAAUUGUGGAAGACAUCAACAAGCGCCGUGAACCGCUGCCCAGUCUGGAGGCUGUGUACCUCAUCACCCCGUCAGAGAAAUCUGUUGAGUCUCUCAUUGGUGACUUCAAGGAGCCUCCAAAUGCAAAGUACCGAGCUGCCCAUGUUUUCUUUACUGACUCUUGCCCUGAUUCCUUGUUUAAUGAGCUGGUGAAAUCCCGUGCAGCGAAAGUCAUCAAGACUCUGACAGAGAUCAACAUUGCUUUUCUGCCCUACGAGUCGCAGGUUUACUCCCUGGACUCCGCCGACUCUUUCCAGAGCUUCUACAGCCCUCACAAGGCCCAGAUGAAGAACCCGAUUCUGGAGCGCCUGGCGGAGCAGAUUGCGACCCUCUGCGCCACUCUGAAGGAGUACCCGGCUGUCCGAUACAGAGGGGAUUACAAAGACAGUGCUGUGUUGGCCCAGCUGAUCCAGGACAAGCUAGAUGCUUACAAGGCUGAUGACCCGACUAUGGGUGAGGGACCAGACAAAGCACGAUCCCAGCUCAUCAUCCUGGACCGCGGCUUUGACCCCAGCUCCCCGGUCUUGCAUGAACUGACAUUCCAAGCCAUGAGCUAUGACCUCCUGCCCAUUGAGAACGACGUCUACAAGUACGAGACGAGUGGAAUUGGGGAAGCCCGUGUCAAAGAGGUUCUGUUGGAUGAGGACGAUGACCUCUGGGUCACCUUGCGCCAUAAGCACAUUGCUGAGGUCUCCCAGGAGGUCACCCGGUCUCUGAAGGAUUUCUCUUCUAGCAAAAGGAUGAACACAGGUGAAAAGACAACCAUGAGGGACCUCUCCCAGAUGCUGAAGAAGAUGCCCCAGUAUCAGAAGGAACUAAGCAAGUACUCCACUCACCUUCACCUGGCCGAAGACUGCAUGAAACACUACCAAGGCACUGUGGACAAGCUCUGCCGAGUUGAACAGGACCUGGCCAUGGGCACUGAUGCAGAGGGGGAGAAAAUCAAGGACCCCAUGCGGGCUAUCGUCCCGAUCCUGCUUGAUGCGAACGUCAGCACUUAUGACAAGAUCCGCAUCAUCUUGCUUUACAUCUUCCUUAAAAACGGCAUCACUGAGGAGAACCUAAACAAGCUGAUUCAGCACGCUCAGAUCCCACCUGAGGACAGUGAAAUCAUCACCAACAUGGCCCACCUGGGCAUACCCAUCAUCACAGACUCCACUUUACGCCGCAGAAGCAAGCCGGAACGGAAAGAGCGUAUUAGUGAGCAGACCUACCAGCUGUCUCGGUGGACCCCGGUGGUCAAGGACAUUAUGGAGGAUGCCAUUGAAGACAAACUGGACACCAAACACUACCCUUACAUCUCCACUCGUUCCUCUGCCUCCUUCAGCACUACAGCAGUCAGUGCCCGCUACGGACACUGGCACAAGAACAAGGCCCCCGGGGAGUACAGGAGUGGCCCCCGCCUCAUCAUUUUCAUCCUGGGGGGCGUGGGCCUGAGUGAGAUGCGCUGUGCCUAUGAGGUGACACAAGCCAGCGGGAAGUGGGAGGUGCUAAUAGGCUCGACUCAUAUCCUUACCCCACAGAAACUGCUGGACACGCUGAAGAAAUUGAAUAAAACGGAUGAAGAAAGUAGCAGUUAAAUACCCCCACACACACCUCCCUCUUUUCACCCCCCCUUCCCUCUUUGCCCCACUUGACACCAUCACCCCCAAAACCCCAGGGAUGUAACCUCAGUGUGUCACGUCUUCCCCCAACUUCUGAGGUUAUCGUCGCCCUGAGUUUAAUUUGUUGACCACAGUUCCAUUUCCAGCUCUUGUUUGUGGAUUUUCUUGGAAACAGUUCCUUCUUUUCUAUCCUCCAUUUGAAGCAAAGGUAAAUGAGACAAGGGGGAAGGGAAGUCGGUUGUCUCUAAGAGGGGUUUAAAAAAAAGACUAAUAGAUUGUAUAAUAUAGACAUUAUCUCCGUACACAUCCGAUGAAGUAAAACCACCCAAACCAAACUCCCAUUACUUCAUCCUUGGCGAUGAUGCUGAUAAUAAUUUUUUAAACAAUGAUGUCUUUUUUUUUUAAUUUUAGUUUUAUUUUUCUGCCUGGAUGGAUGAAUGCUCGUGACUUAUUUAUGGCUAUGUGAUCUCACCUAACCUCAGAUGCAAACUGUGAAAGGAAUGCUGUCUCCCCCCCCCCCACACACCUUUGUAUUGGAAUUUUGCUUGCGUUUUGGAAACAACUGUCCUUCUCUCUUCGUUCCCUAUCUUCCUCCCCCUCCCCAAAACCCCCUUGCUGCUGCUGUUGGGAUUGUCGUCUUGGUUUUGUAUUUCUUUAGCUCAUCACUGUGUAGAUCGUUGGCUUUUGGGGGAGGCGUUUUUCUGAGUUUCUUUGGAUUGCUUCCCUUAAUCUUUCUAGUUUUUUUGGAGCAAUAUUUUCAAUGAAGUGUUUGCAAGUCCAGCACGUCUGGAUCAAUUUUCCCUAGUACUUGUUUCUCUGUCUUCCCCUCCCUCCCAGCAGGAAUGAUUAUUUCUCUCGCCUCAAGUGUUUUUGGAGACCAACCCUUGCUUUUGGAUUGAUUUGAAGCAUGUUGGCAAAUGAGCUUUUUUUGGGGGGGGAUCUCAGUUUAGCACAUUGGGAAAUUCUUAAAAGGGGCAGAUUUUGCUCUUGAAUUCUGUAAGAUUAUGACCCUACCCUUCCACCAAAGACCUCGGUGUGGUGUCCUCCCCCCAUUUUAUCCUCACAACAACCCUGUGUGGAAGGUCAGGCUUAGUCGUCAUGAUUAGCCCAAGGUUGCUCAGUUAAGGUUCGUGGUUGAGUUGGGAUAUGAACCCAUAGGGUUGGAUCCAACCAAAUCCUACCCACUGAAAUUGACAAACCUAUGUUAGUCAUGUCCAUCAAUUUUGAUGGGUCUACUCUGAGUAGGGCUUACACUGGCUACGACCCAAGGUUUCAAGUCCUAGUGCUUUAACAGCUACACCACAAUGUCUCUUGAUUUCAUAUUCCUGGGGAGCACUAGGAAGGGAUAUCCUGACAUCUGGGAUGCUCUGUCCUCUGGCUUUUGGAAGGUGAGGGCCAUUGGCCAGGUUCCUCCAGGAUGCCAGGCUUUUUGGACCAGUGAUAGCAUAAGAGGUGUGGGGAACCUUUGGCCGUCUAGAUGUUGCCGAACUACAAACUUGCGUCAUCUGUGGAUUGGCUAUGCUUGCUUGGGCUGAUGGGAGGUGUAGUUCAGCAAUGCUGGUCUUUGACCAUAGUAAGGAAUGAUUUGAUUUGAUUUAGUUCAGUAACAUCUGGAGGGCCAAAGGUUCACCACACCUGGUAUAAGGUGACAGCAAGCGAAGGUGUACAUAUGCAAUAAGACUGUCCUUGGUUCAGGAGUCAAUUUCCCCUCUUUUCAUUGAGCCCUGGGAAUUACGGUUUACCGAGGGUUCAAAAUUCUCUUGAAACCACAACUCGCAGGAUUCUUUGGAUGAGGCAGCGGCUAGCGUAAAAUGGUAUGUUUUCUAGCAUUGUUGGCUCAUUUUCUAAUUUUGCUCCCUUUGCUCUUGCAAGCAAGGCUCAAGGGUCCUAAGAACCCUCUGUCCAUUUUUGAGAGAAGUAAGAGAUGAUGCACAGGCCCACUGGAAGCGUGGGAGUGAUCGAAGAAGGUACCCGAGUUGUUGCAUGGGGCGAGGUAUCAGUCUGAGCUCAGCCCAGCCAGAGUUUAAGCACUUCUGUGUCUUUCAAGCUGAAAGAUUUCAAGUGGGCACCUCUACUAUCCUAUUUAAAAGUGAGGUUUUGCAGGGAUAGCUCACAGGCUCCCUCUAGCUGGUGUGGACUAUAGCUCCCAUCGCCCCAUGAUGGCUGAGGCUAAUGGGAAUUGUAGUCCACAACUUCUAGGCCACACACUUCAUCAUCUCAUCCCACGAUGCCCUCUGGAUGUAGCUCCCCCCCAAAAAAAUCUGAAGGGCAUCACGUGGACCAUCACUGAAGCUAGAGUGUCGUCUUUGCCCUCCAACUCACAACAGCAUUUCUUAAUUGAAUUUUGCCUCUGGGAUUCCUCCCCCCCCCUUUUUUUUUUUUUGCCAUUGUCAUCCAGCAGCGCCAGAUUGGCUGGCUGUGGCAGGCACCAAAAAUCUCAUCUCCUUUCUGCAUUUACAGAUCUCUCUCUCUCCUCCACUGGAGACUUGUACGUAUAUGAAUUCAAUAACUGUGUCUUGUGAUUUAGUGGGGUUUAGUGGCUAUGGGAGUCCUUUUUACGUUUCCUUUCAUUUGACUCCCCACCAUGGCUGUGUUAGCUUACUGUGAUUUUUUUUUCCUAAGUAUUUUAUUUUUCCGUGUAGUACUUUUUGGUUGAGCCUCUUCCACUUAGCCCAGGGCAUUACCUUCUCUUCUUGGAAGAAAACGCAAUCUCUUCCGAUUCACUAAUGUGCUUGUGUUCCAUUCCCCCCUCCCCUUGCCCACAAUAUUAUAUAUAUUUUAGGGCAAUGGUUGUGUUCAUUUUUCAUUGGUCUGCCAUCUCCCCAGUCUUUUCCUGAACAACCUCCUUUUUCUCUCUCCUGCCCCCCUAAAUUUAGCACUGCAACUGCUUCAAGGUCUCCUUUUUUAUGUUUAGGUAUUUUUUUUUUGGUUCUGAUUAUUUAUAUAAAUAUAUAUAUAUAUAUAAGAUAAUACUUUAUCAAAGGAGCAAAACAAUGAAAAAUUCUUGUCAUGGAACUUGUUUUGAUUCUUGAAAUUUCAGUGUUUGGAACUGUUGAAGCACAAACGUGUCAUCUCUGUAUAGCUGUUCUUCUGUACUUAAAAAAAAAAAAGCAGCCUUGGAGUCAAUAAAAGAUUUGCUGU